AUGAUAGGAAAGUCAAAGACUGAAGUAACAUGUCUUAAAACAAAAGAACUAGAGUAUAAUCAAGUUAUGCUAAGAAUUUUAGGUGAAAAUGAAUUACUAUAUAAAGAAGUUGAUACAUUAAGAGAAAUAAUAUAA